ACGACACUCUGUUUCAAGUUUCAAGCGCAGGUGCGGGGCCGAGAUUCCUUAACUGGUAAAGCGCCCCCCAGGAAAGACAAGGGAUUUUCACCAAGCAGCCAAAGAUCGCGGUGCGUGGAGAUCAAUCGUCCAUCACCAAUCAAGACUGCAACCGCACAAGCCCGCCACCCGCCGUGCUCUUUGUUUAUUAGGCCGUUCUCGACUUACUGCUACUAG